AUGGCAGCUCCUACGUUCUAUGACCCUACUUCGCCCGACGAGCAGCCCGUUCCACUCCCCUCUGCGCCGCUCCAGAUUAUCUCCGAGUCACCGUCCAUAGUUCUUCAACCUCCACUCACUCGACGAGGAACUGGACCGGGUCUCAUCAUUACUCUACCUCCUUCUCUUUCUCUUCAGCCGAAUCCGAAGGGAAAGCCGCUUGAUCCAGAGCCUGUUCAGAAAUGGGCCGAGGAAGGAUUCGCCGUCGUGGGUAUCACUGCGACAGAAACCGAACUGGAAGCUGCUUUGGUGAAAGCGUUGGAUGCUUUGGAAGGAUUGGAGGAGGUAGACAUCAAGGAUAAAGUUGCUGUUCUUGGUACGUCAAUCACUUUUUUUUUCGCUGCAGUCCAUGAGGAACGCCACUUCUCUGCGAUCUCGUCAAUCGUAUCCAAGAACCCCAAACUCGUCUGCGUCGCAGCCUACAUCUCUUCGGGAUCCAAUCUAUCAGCUACAUCCACCUCAAUCCCCACGCUCUUUCAUAUCUCCUCCCCUGACGCCGAGGCGCCUCCAUUCGAUGACAUAUCCGCCAAGGUCGUCUCAGCCACGCAAACCGCCACAUAUCCAUCGACAUCCUCUCCCUUCUUCGUCCUUCCGAACUCUUCCUCCUACGAUCCCGGAAAUGCAUCGCUCGCGCACACUACAACCCUUGUAUUCUUCCGCAAACAUCUGGGUGGCCCGAAUUUCGAUAUCGCCGCGAUCUGGGAGGAACAUACCUACUUCGAGUUUGCCGCGAGGACUGUGGCGAGAACUAUGGGGACAAUGGUGGCUGAGCCGUAUGUCAAUCAUGUACCAACUAUGACUGGUGGGAUCGGCCGCAAGGCUCUUUCGGAAUUCUACCGAGACCACUUCAUCUUUGCUAACCCAGCCGACACACGUAUGCAAACCGUAUCACGAACGGUAGGACCUGAUCGCGUCGUUGACGAAUUCAUACUCAGGAUGACACAUGACCGUACGGUCGACUGGCUGCUGCCUAAGGUCCCGCCAACGGGCAAGAAGAUCGCAGUACCCAUGCUCGGUGUCAUCAAUGUCCGAGGCGAUCGUCUCUACCAUGAGCAUAUCUGGUGGGACCAAUCCACCGUCCUCCUCCAAAUCGGCGUAAUCCCCGCACACGUCCCUUGGCCCCUCUCCGACUCUUCGUUAGUAGGACCUACACCGGAAGGCAAGAAGCUGAAGUUGCCGAUCUCUGAGGGCGAUAGUAGCGCGAGGUUGUUGAUCGACGAGACGGGUGGGGUAAGUAAUGAAAUGUUUGAGGAAGGUUGGGGAGUCACGGAUGCCUGA